AAAUGAAGACGGACUAUUGUGUAGAGAAGAAUGGUAUUCGAGGAGUCUCUUUUGCAGUAGAUGGUGUCAGGUGGAGAACUGGAUCUGAGGUCUCCAGUCCAGGGCAUGCUGAUAUGGACAACAGUAAAGUACCCCACCCUUCCCCUUUCAGAAAAUACCACCAGAACCUUCAGACUCUCAAACCCAUCCGCUGGUCCUCCUCACAGUCCCACCCUUUGGACAAUGCAGGUUUCCUGUCCUUUACAACCUUUGCCUGGAUGAUGCCCAUGAUGUGGGCUAUGUUCAGGAAUAAACUGGACAUGGACUCCAUCAACCUGUCUCCCUUGGAUGUUGCCGCCACCAGUGGAGAAAGGCUCCAGAGACUCUGGGAGGAGGAGGUGACAAGGGUAGGCCUGGAGAAAGCCUCUCUGGUUCGUGUGAUCCUUCGCUUUCAAAGAACCAGGCUGAUUCUGUCCGUCAUGAUUGGUGUUCUCUUUAUGGUGGCUGCGUUUGUGGGCCCGGCUGUUAUAGUUUAUAAGAUCUUAAACUAUAUUGAUGACCCAGGGAAGUCCACAGUGUCCCAUGGUGUUGGUCUGUCCUUUGCUCUGUUCUCCUCAGAGUUCUGCAAAGCCUUCCUCGUGUCCUUGCUGUGGGCGAUGAACCUGCGCACAGCUGUCAGGCUGAAAGGUGCCUUUUCGUCAAUGGCCUUUCAGAAAGUCAUCUCUCUGCGGGUGCUCGGCAGCAUUUCAAUGGGAGAGAUGAUUAAUGUUUUAACCAACGAUGGACACAAAUUAUUUGAAGCUGUACUAUUUGGGAGCUUCUUGCUGUCUGCCCCGGUGCUCUUUGUCGUCUGCAUCAUCUACGCCUGCUACAUCCUGGGCUACACCGCACUGACUGGAGUCUUCACCUACAUCAUCUUCAUCCCCAUACAGGUUUUGCUGGUCAAACUCAUUAACACGUUCAGGUGGAAAGCCAUAGUGAUCACAGACAGCCGUGUUCGCACGAUGAAUGAGAUUCUCAACAGCAUCAAACUCAUCAAGAUGUACGCCUGGGAGGAUUCAUUUGAGAAGAAGAUUGCAGUUUUGAGGAAAAAUGAGAGGAAACAGCUACAGAGGGUCAGUUAUGUCCAGAAUAUCAACACCAGCAUCACAAGCAUCAUCCCCACCCUCGCCACCAUUCUCACCUUCAUGGUUCACACCUUGCUACGCUUAAACCUCAACCCAUCUGAUGCCUUCACCACCAUCGCCGUCUUCAACUCCAUGAGGUUCUGCCUGGCGCUGCUGCCCCUGUCUGUGAAGGCUAUGGCUGAGGCUGCCGUGGCAAUAAAACGACUGAGGAGAAUAUUGAUGAUCCAGAAUCCAGAGCCGUACCUGAUGCAGAGGAAAGACAGCGACUCGGCUAUAGUGAUGAAGAAUGCUACGCUUGCCUGGACCAGAACAGACGCAGUGUCCAGCACAGACAGUGAAGUGAACGGACACAAGGCGGACGAGGUGUCCCAGGAUGAGAAGACUGAAACCAUGCCAACCCUGAGAAACAUCUCCUUCACGCUGCCUAAGGGCAAACUGCUCGGUGUCUGUGGGAAUGUGGGGAGUGGAAAGACAUCACUGAUUUCCAGCAUUUUGGAACAAAUGCACCUUCUUCAGGGCUCCAUCACAGCUGACGGGACAUUUGCCUACGUUUCCCAGCAGGCCUGGAUAUUCCAUGGGACUGUUCAAGAAAACAUCCUGAUGGGGGAACCUUUUGACCAGGCCAAAUACAACAGAGUUGUAGAUGUCUGUAGUCUCAGAGCUGAUCUGGAGAUCCUCCCAUAUGCUGACCAAACCGAGAUUGGAGAGCGGGGGCUCAAUCUGUCAGGGGGGCAGAAGCAGAGGAUCAGCCUGGCCAGAGCCGUCUACUCCAAUAAAGACAUCUUCCUCCUCGACGAUCCACUGUCUGCUGUUGACGCCCAUGUGGGGAAACAUAUCUUUGAAGAAUGCAUAAAGAAUGAGCUUCAGGGAAAAUCCAUCAUACUGGUUACACACCAGCUCCAGUAUUUGGAGUUCUGUGACGACAUCCUAUUCCUGGAUGACGGGGAGGUGCGGGAGGCUGGACACCACGAGGCCUUGAUGAAAGCCAAUGGACGCUAUGCUCAGCUCAUCAGAAACUAUGAGAUGGAGCAGUCCAAAACUCAGAAAGAGGAGGACGAGGCAUCACCCCAAGACGCUGCCCAGCUGAAGGAGGUGGAGCCAAGAGAACGCACAAGCAGUGGGAUAGUGAACCCAGCAUUUGACAUGUCAGAUGAAAAAGAUGAUGGGACACCUGCUGACCAGAAAUCCACUGUCAGUGCUGAUGAUCAGCUGGUCAGUCAGGAGGCCUCCACAGAAGGCGCUGUCUCCUGGAAAAUUUACCAGCAGUACUUCCAGGCAGCUGGAGGCUACAUUAUCACCUCCCUCACCGUCCUCAGCAUCGUCCUGAUGAUCGGAUCCACGGCCUUCAGCAACUGGUGGCUCAGCUUUUGGCUGGGGCAGGGUGACGGGUCACACAACAGCACAACUUCACACCAGGGCGACAUCUCACAAAACCCAGACCUGCACUUCUACCAACUGAUUUAUGGCAUGAUGGUGGUCGUCAUGGUGAUACUUGCCAUCAUCAAAUGCUUUAUCUACACUCAAAUGACCAUGAACGCUUCCUGCAAACUCCACAACACCAUGUUCAAGAAGAUUAUUGACAGUCCCAUGAAUUUCUUCGACACGACGCCAGCAGGUCGCAUUCUCAACCGCUUUGCGAAAGAUCAAGAGGAGCUGGACACUGUGCUUCCCCUCCACAUGGACCCUUUCCUGGCGUUUACACUAAUGGUCACCUUUACAAUUAUCAUCAUCUCGGCCGUUUUCCCUCUCAUGCUUGUAGCUGUGGUCAUUAUGGGAGCUUUGUUCACCCUCAUCCUCUUUGUCUUCCAGAGGAGCAUCCGUCAGAUGAAGAGGAUGGAGAACAUCAGUCGCUCUCCCUGUAUCUCUCUCACCACCUCCACCCUGCAGGGCCUCAGCACUAUUCAUGCCUACAACAUAAGACACAGCCACAUAAAGCUGUUCAAGUCCCUGAAUGACAUCAACUCCAACCACUAUUUACUCUUUCACUCUGGGACACGUUGGCUUUCCUUCUGGCUGGACUGCAUGGCUUCAUCCAUGACCUUGUUUGUGUCUCUGUUCGUGGUGCUCAGCAGUAACGACGUCAUCAGUCCAUCCUUGAAAGGCCUGGCCAUGUCCUACACCAUACAGUUGACAGGCAUGCUUCAAUAUGUAGUGCGGCAGUCGACAGAGGUGGAGGCCAGGUUCAACUCAGUGGAGCGGAUACUGGAAUACGUCACGAGUUGCAAGCCUGAGGCCCCCAGACACAUAGAGGAGGCUCCGAUCCCAGAGGACUGGCCAAAGAGCGGAGCCAUCACCUUCCAGGACUAUAAGAUGAGGUACAGAGAGAAUACACCCAUCGUCCUGAAUGGGCUCAAUUUCUUCAUCCAAGCUGGAGAGAAGCUGGGCAUUGUGGGAAGGACAGGCUCUGGGAAGUCCUCUUUAGGUGUGGCUCUGUUCAGGCUGGUGGAGCCAGCUGCAGGAAGCAUCCUGAUAGAUGGAGUGGACAUUAUGGCCAUUGGUCUGCAGGAUCUGCGCAGCAAGUUGUCCAUCAUCCCCCAGGAUCCUGUCCUAUUCAUUGGCACAGUCAGGUACAACCUAGAUCCCUUUAAUAACUACACUGAUGAGGAGAUCUGGGCAGCGCUGGAGAAGACCUACAUGAAAGACUCGAUCUCCAGGCUGGAGGGGAAGCUACAGGCACAGGUGCUGGAGAAUGGAGAGAACUUCUCCGUAGGAGAAAGACAGCUGAUGUGUAUGGCCAGAGCGCUACUCCGUAACUCCAAGAUCAUUCUGCUGGAUGAGGCAACAGCCUCCAUUGACGCAGAGACAGAUGCUCUGAUCCAGAAUACCAUCAAAGAGGCCUUCCAGGACUGCACCAUGCUCACCAUCGCCCAUCGUAUCAACACUGUGAUGCACUCAGAUCGUAUUCUAGUCAUGGACAAUGGACAGGCGGCUGAGUUAGACCACCCAGAUGUGCUGAAGCAAAGACCAGACUCUUUGUUCUCAUCACUCCUGACAGCUGCUAACACUGUGAACACUGGAACCACAGAGGACCAGUGACUCCACAGCACAAUGGCACAGUAAUCACUGAAACAUAUUAAUAGUUAUUCAUUUAAACAACCCAACCAGAUCUUAAUCAGUAUGCUCAUAUUAAACUCUGGACUGAGGUGCUGGUAUCAGGUGUCACUGAGCAGCAGAGAUGUGGUUUGAUAUUAAUGUAGGAAAAGAAACAUUUUAUUUAAAUAGUGGUUCAUUUUUCACUCCUGUCUGAAUCUGUCAUGUUUAUUUAAAACAUAUUAUUUAUUGAUUUUCUACAUCUUUGUUUGCUGCCACUUGAUUGGAACUUGACACUUCUUGCGAAGUUUCAGUCUGCUGUGUUAAUAUGCACUACAUAUGCUACUAUUGGAUUUUUAUCGUAUUAAAGAUAUUUAUACAGAAAAUGUUACUCAUGUCACAUUACCUGAUCAGUUUCUGCUCACACAAACUGAGGUAAUAAAUCAUGGAUAUUUGUAAAGUUUUGUUUGCUGUAUUUUAACUGUGCAAUUCCAAUAACUAAUUUUUCUUUUUCUUUGUCAUAUCCCAUAAUUUUCAUUUAAAAAAAUAUCAGGCAAAUUAAAGCUUAAUAUUACUCAUAGCUUAUUUUUACACGGGGUGGCAUGAAUAAUGCUCUCUGUUUGUGGAUCAGUUAACAGAGAAAGUUUGCUACUACAGUUGUGCCUCUUUUAAAAGACAAUUUCACACACAUGGGCUUCAAAUCCAGUCAUCUUAUGAGGAAGAGAGUUUUCUGCUGUGAAAUCUCAUUAAGGCAUGACAUUCCUCUCAGCUUUGCUUAUUGUGUUAAAGUGGUGGGGUCUCAUCCUCAGUCUGCUCUCUCAAUCCAUCCUUUAUCUCUCCCACUCUCCAUUCUCACGUUCCACUCAUGAUAACAAACCACAGGGAUACACAAUUUACAUAUUUAGAUAUAUAAUCUUUACACAUUGAAAUAUAAAGGCAUGACUCACUUUUUAAAAAAGCAUGUUAAGAGCUAAUCUAAUGAGCACCUACUGCUCAAGCCAAUUUCUUGUUGCAUAGAAACCCAUCUUCAGUAGAAGGAGAUAAAUAACCAAAAUUACAUUUUAGUUUUAACUUUUACACAGAUCAUGAUGUUGAUUAAAAACAUGUGAAGUUUAGUUCUAGCUGGUGCAAACACGCGAGAACUUUAAACAUCGCAUAAGGAACCCAUAAACUAUUUGAGGAGGACUCACAGGGCAGUGUUUACAGCUGAUUAUCCAACUGAAAUAAGGGAAAUGGAUUUAAAAUGAAAAGAAACCGUAUCAUAAACAGACCCAGAGUAAGUGACAAAAUGGGAGUCAAACAUAAAUGAAGGUUUAACAAAAGAAAAUAAUUGUAAAUUUACCUUAAAAUGUGUUAGUCAUGUUGUUUCCUACCAGAACACAUUGUACCGGAUCCACACUGGCAUCCUCUUGAUGGAUAUUAUAGAAAAUAUUACCUGUUGUUAUACAAAAUAUUUUCAGAAAAACAGCACUAUUUUUGUACUGCACUCAAUUAAAACAUGUCUAAAUUGAUUCACUGAUUUUAAUACAGGCCUAAAGUGUGCACAUAAGCUGGACAAUGU